UUUUAGUCUGCUUUAAUUGUGUUGUGUAAUACAGACUUCGGUUGUGGCAGGGGAAGUUGUAAUUUUCGACAGUUUUAUGUAGUAGUGUGCGAUUGUACGCCCGUGCGAAGGUUUAUAAUGGCGGCUCCAUUGACAGCAGAGCAAGAAGUUGCCACGAAACAUUUUAUAGAAGUUGUUAAUAAAGUUCGGCUUCGUCGUAAACUGGGACCGGUAAGUUGGUCAACCGCCGUGCGUUUUUUAAUCGCUCGAAAAUUUGACGUGAUUCGCGCCAUCGCUCUUUUUGAGCAACAUGAACUUACGAGGCAAAGGGAAGGAUUGAUGAACUUCGAUCCUGCAAGUGACCCACUUAAAUCCGAACUGCAUACAGGGAAAUUCACCGUACUGCCUACAAGGGAUGCUACUGGUGCAGCUAUAGCUGUUUUUACGGCACACAGGCAUCAACCCCUAAAUAGUACACACCAAACCACUCUACAAGGAGUUGUUUAUCAACUGGAUGCCGCACUUCAGGAUCCUAUCACACAACGAGCUGGAAUCGUGUUCAUUUACGAUAUGUCGUAUUCAAAAUAUUCCAAUUUUGAUUAUGACCUCUCUCAGAAGAUUCUUACAUUAUUAAAGGGUGGUUACCCAGCAAAACUCAAAAAGGUUCUAAUUGUGACGGCGCCUUUAUGGUUCAAAGCUCCUUUUAAAAUUCUUCGUCUCUUUGUACGGGAAAAGCUUAGAGAGCGAGUAUAUACGGUGUCGACGGCGCAACUCAGUAGUCACAUCCCGAGGGAUUCACUUCCCACACAGUUGGGAGGAAACCACAAGCUGGACCAUGAAGCCUGGCUGUUACGUUGCUAUCAGUCUAUGACCACCCGUCCUGAAUCACCACAGCCUCAAUAUGAUGGCACAACGCCAUCCCCACAAAAACGUCUUGGAACAACAGAAGAUAUCAAAAUUUCGGCAUCGACCAAUAACAUAAAUGAUAGUUGGGCGGAAGAAGCCAAUCUAAAUCCUCCCAGUAGUGCAUCUAGUGGUUUUUCCGAUGACGAUUCCCUCCAUGGUGACGGUACCGCAUUAACAAUGCCCCAAUUAGUAGAUUAUAUUAGAGAAAGAGGCAGGUUGGGACUUAUACAGGAAUAUGCGGAAAUACGCGUUCGGCCACCCGAAGGGACUUUUAACGUUGCUAAAGUAAAAAAUAACCUUCCUAAGAAUAGGUAUACCGAUGUGUUGUGUUACGAUCAUAGUAGAGUGAUUCUCUCCGAAGUUGACGGUGAUAAAGACAGUGAUUAUAUACAUGCAAAUUUUGUAGAUGGUUAUAAACAAAAAAAUGCUUUUAUUAGUACUCAAGGUCCAUUACUAAAAACGGCAACAGACUUCUGGAGGAUGGUUUGGGAACAACAUUGUUUAGUAAUUGUGAUGACAACUCGUGUUAUGGAACGUGGACGUCCUAAAUGCCAUCAGUAUUUCGAAGCGGAUGUUGAUGGUGAAGCCAGUUAUGGACACUUUGUAGUUAAAACUAUUUCAAUAGAAGCCGAUCCAGAUUAUACAAUUUCUACUUUACAUCUAACCAAUACAAAAUUAGAAGAAACACGAGAAAUUUCACAUUGGCAGUUCACAUCAUGGCCUGAUUAUGGGGUGCCACAUUCGGCUAGGGCGAUGCUAGAUUUUCUAGAGCGAGUAAGAAGGCAACAAGCUAAUAUGGUUCUAGCCCUCGGUGAUACGUGGGCGGGCCAUCCUCGAGGACCACCAAUUGUUGUUCACUGCAGUGCUGGUAUUGGACGAACAGGUACAUUUUGUACAUUAGACAUAUGCAUAUCACGUUUAGAAGAUGUCGGUACUGUGGACAUCCGGGGGACGGUAGAGAAGAUACGGUCGCAACGAGCGUAUUCCAUUCAAAUGCCUGAUCAGUAUGUUUUUUGUCAUCUAGCUCUUGUAGAAUACGCACAAAUGAAGGGCAGUUUACAGUCGGCCGAUUUAUCUGGCUUUGAUCAAGGUGCAGAUGAAGAUUCAGAGUAAUCUUAACCUUGCAUCUAAUUGUUAAAUGUGAACUUUGUAGUUAUGAUACUUUGGAAGUAAAGAACUGAAUUGUGAUGUGUAAUAUUAUGUGUUUUUUGAGAGUAAAUUGUUUAGUAACAUUUUAACUUAAUGAACGUGAUGAUCUUGUUAGGUAUUUGAUUUAUUUUAAAUAUUGAUAAUAUUUAUUUAUACCAUUAAUGUUGUAUACCGAUUUAUUAACUCUUCGCCCUAAUUAUAAUUAUUUAAAGUAUGUGUUAAUAUCUUGAAUUUUUAUUAAUUUAUUUAAUGUUUUGGUGCAAGAUACAAAAAAAUUGAUGUCAAUGAAACAAUCGGAUUUAAGAUAAAUAUACUGUUUAAACUAUACUGUAGGCCCAAUUUUAACCUAAAUGGCAGUUGCCUGAGAAACUUUCCAUUUUGAAAACGCAAUUCUGUAUUGUAAAUAGUGCAGGAUGCUACUACGAAAUUCACAUUUCUGCUACAUUUUUUGUAAUAAAUAUUGCAAGUAAGUGUAGGUACUAUCACAUUUCAAAGACGCCUAAAAUGAUUUCCUAUUAAGUGAAAUAUUUUUUGUUUUAAUGUGCAACUGCUGAAGGAACAUAAGUCAUUCCAUGUUUCAGCAGUAACUUUUAAUUUACUUAACAUAUCUCAAAUUGUGUACUGCAAUUUAGAUUUAUUAACAUAAUGGCAACAGACAAAAUGAAUUUGUAUUGCA